CGAGCCGGGCGGCGCGGUCGCGAGGCGCGAGGGCGGGCCGGGCUGCUCCUCCGCCCCCUGGGGCCAGUGCGUCGAACCGCGCACCUGGCAACGGCGCCGCGUCCCCGCCCGCGCCGGUCCGCACCCCCUGCCGGCGGCCUCGAGCGCUCGCUCGUUGAUGCCGUUCUGGGGGUGACCCGGCGCGGCUCCGCGGCGGCGGGGCGCUAGACGACGCCAGCCCAGCGACGCGGGAGCGGGACAUGCUGGAGCUGCGGCACCGCGGGGGCUGCCCCGGCCCCGGGGGAGCGGGGGCGCCGCCACCCCGCGAGGGAGAGGCGGCCGGCGGCGACCACGAAACCGAGAGCACCAGCGACAAAGAAACAGAUAUUGAUGACAGGUAUGGAGAUCUCGAUGCCAGAGGAGAUUCCGACGUUCCUGAAGUCCCACCAGCCUCAGACAGGACCCCCGAGAUUCUCAAGAAAGCCCUGUCCGGAUUAUCUUCAAGAUGGAAGAACUGGUGGAUUCGUGGGAUCCUCACCCUCACCAUGAUCUCCCUCUUUUUCCUGAUCAUCUAUAUGGGGUCCUUCAUGUUGAUGCUUCUGGUCCUGGGCAUCCAAGUGAAGUGCUUCCAGGAGAUCAUCACCAUUGGGUACAGGGUCUAUCACUCCUACGACCUCCCAUGGUUUAGAACACUAAGUUGGUACUUCCUCCUGUGUGUGAACUACUUCUUCUAUGGAGAGACAGUGGCAGAUUACUUCGCCACAUUUGUUCAGCGGGAGGAGCAGCUGCAGUUCCUCAUUCGCUACCACAGGUUCAUCUCCUUCGCCCUCUACCUGGCAGGUUUCUGCAUGUUUGUCCUGAGCUUGGUGAAGAAACACUACCGACUGCAGUUCUACAUGUUCGCAUGGACUCACGUCACUUUACUGAUAACCGUCACUCAGUCACAUCUUGUCAUCCAAAAUCUGUUUGAAGGCAUGAUAUGGUUCCUUGUCCCCAUAUCAAGUGUCAUCUGCAAUGACAUCACGGCUUACCUUUUUGGAUUUUUUUUUGGAAGAACUCCUUUAAUUAAGCUGUCUCCGAAGAAGACCUGGGAAGGAUUCAUUGGCGGUUUCUUCUCCACAGUCAUAUUUGGAUUCAUUGCUGCCUAUGUGUUGUCCAAGUACCAGUACUUCGUGUGCCCAGUGGAAUACCGCAGCGAUGUCAACUCCUUCGUGACAGAGUGUGAGCCCUCAGAACUGUUCCAGCUUCAGAAUUACUCUCUCCCUCCAUUCCUGCAGGCAGUGCUGAGCCAGGAAACAGUGAGCUUGUACCCCUUCCAGAUACACAGCAUUGCCCUUUCAACGUUUGCAUCACUGAUUGGCCCAUUUGGAGGCUUCUUCGCCAGUGGAUUCAAAAGAGCUUUCAAAAUCAAGGAUUUUGCAAACACUAUUCCUGGACACGGUGGGAUAAUGGACAGGUUUGAUUGUCAGUACUUGAUGGCAACAUUCGUACAUGUGUAUAUCACCAGCUUUAUCAGGGGUCCGAAUCCCAGUAAGGUGCUCCAGCAGCUCUUAGUGCUCCAACCAGAACAGCAGCUCAAUAUCUACAGAACCUUGAAGAUUCAUCUCACCGAGAAAGGCAUCCUGCAGCCCACCCUGAAGGUGUAGCUGCUGCCCUGAGGACCAACUGCUGAGGAGGAGCUCGCAUACCAGCUCCGACUGAAGUCGCAUGCACUGAGCCAGCCUAAGGCUAAAACUCGGUAGAUGCAGGCUUUGCAGAUACAAAUGUUUCUCUCGCUGAAAUUACUGUGAAUAUUUAACAAACAUGAGAUCUAAGAUGAGUGUGCAGCAGUUGCCCACCCGUGAAAGAGCCUGUACUUUUCUAAGAUGUAUUUUCCAAUGUUAAAAGUCUCUGCCCUCACUGGCCGGGUUCCAUGAUUUAGGAGACUUAGGUUUUAAAGAGUCAAACACUAUCAACUGAGGCCCUCUUAGGGUUGUGCCUGGCAGUAUGAUCUUUUGCACACACAUUGACCUUUGCACUGGGAACUGUCCCUUUGUAGCUGGAUGCUCUGCAGGCCCCGUGGGAAGCGACGUCUCCCGGCUUCCUCCUCUAACGAUCUCCAGCAUUUCUGAAGGGCUGAGUUAGAUUAAAAAAAGAAAGAAAAAGAGUGAUUGUCCACUUUUCUCUCUCUUCUUUUUGUUUGUUUGUUCAUGGCACUGGGCUAGAACCCAGGGUCUGGUACAUACCAGGCAGGUGCCCCACUCCUGGGCUCCGCUCCAGCUGGACCUUUCAGAGAAAGUCAUGGAGACACCCUGGUUUAAGUAGUUUCACAGUUCAGAAGCUACAGGAUGAAGCUUACGUCACUACUGAUUUGUUUAAAAAGAAGUUUUCAGAAUCCAUUUCUUAUGAAACUUUUGGAGCGGCAUCUAAACAACUUCCCAAGAGACUCAGUGUCCUGUGUGAGGAGCCCAGCGUGGGGCUCCUCCACCAACAAUACCUCACCAGGGUCCGCAGUCCUCUGAGUGAUUUGGGGGGUGCCUGAGCAGCAGCAGGCUGCCUGGGGUGAGGCACUGCUUGGCAGUCCAUCUCUCUGUACACCACACCUGGAAAGAGGAGAGCUUUCCCUAAAGACCCAGCCCAGGACAGCCCCCUGCUGGUAGUUAACCUCUGUCACAUUGCACUUCCUGUCCUGUCUGGAACUCCAAGAAUAAAAAUCCAGCAGAAACAAGAGCCGUGAAAAGCUGAAAAGCACAGGAAUUGCCACGGCUUCCACAGGUGGAAGAGGGCCCUGUGAGCAGGCUAGCAGAUCUACUACAGCGUGUGCUCUGCAGCCAUCCUUAACCAAAUGUCAUGGUCACCCCCAGAGAUGACCUAGUUCUCCAACUUCAGUGCCCAGAGGGGGAGACAUGGAGACACUGUAAAGGAUAAUUUGGUAAUGAAAAGAAUAAAUGUUUUGUUUAAAUUAGAAAUAAAUUUCAGUUAUCACACAUGUCCUUCCCACUUGUAGAUGUUCUCAGGUUCUGAGGAGGAGCCCAUAGCCAUCACUAGCCCCCUACACACACAGUGUAUGCGUGAGCAUUGCGAUGCUAUGAUCCUCGGUCCUGAGAACGCCAUUGUUGUCCCCUAGGUGACUUGUGAUCCCGGGCUGCAUUCAGCCCACAUCCUCUGCAUACAAGCCAGUGGAAGCCUGGGAAGCACUGCCAGGUUAGGUGACCCCCUCUCAGUUGGGAUGUGUGGGAGCUGAUGUCAGCUGCCACAGCUUUUGUCUGUCCCAUGCCCUACCCCAGAUGCUGACCAUAAAUGAGUUUCAGGCACCAAAGAAACACAGGGAAACCUUGUGAUAGGAGCAUGCCCGGGAACGAGCAAGGAUGCUUGAGGACAAGGUGGCUUCUUACCCACCAUGUUGUCGUGGUGAGGGCUUGCGAGGCAGAAUUAUGAGAGCAUUACUUAAUACAUGUAUUAAAAAUCAAUAUUCUUCUAAACAAAGGACUAUUUGGGGUUACAGUAAGAGCUUUUCUCAAAUCUGUUAGAGCUGGGUGUACAUCAUGCCAUAUAAAAACAAGUGAGUUCUUUAACAACACUCUAGAGAUGAACAUUUUAGCAUACAUUUUAUAGCGUGUAUAUUAUAAUGGACUAUACUUUAGCAAACCAUCAUCGUGAGAGCCAGACUGAUCAGCAUUACAUUUGCACUGGAAGAGGCGUCAUCUAAUGGCGUGCUGCAGUGGGUGAAUGACAACCAGAAGACACACCACAGCGGUGACCCAUCGAUGGAAAUAUCGCCGUUUGAACUGCUGCAUGACCUGUUAGCCUUUGGGAUGGUGAUGUCUGAGAAUGGGGUGUUCUCCUGAGUCUUCCUUGUGGUUUUGAACAGACAGUUGCUGUCCGAGAUUAAAGGCUGCCCCCCACCCCCACCUUUGUCCCUUUGCACUUUGAGCAGAGGUCAUGGUGACACCUGGUCUGAUAAGAAUAAAGGUCUCAACAGUGUGGAUAUACUGUAGAGUGAGAGUUUAUGCUAUGUGUCAAUCAGCGCUCGACGCUGUGGAUAUACUGUACAGGGUGAGAGCUUAUGAUAUGGAUCAAUCAGUCCCCUGAAUCUUUUUACUGAAACUGGGAUAGAAAAAUAAAAAUUCAAUGGUA